AUGGCGCGCUGCAUGGCACCACGACCGCUCAGUCCUGGCCUGCCAAUCCACUGGGCGGCGCUACCUCGUACGGGUGCCGCUACAGUCAAGACUGCCGACCCAUUCCGCCAUUCCGCCCGCUUCUGCCUACUUCUCCCAGCUCCGACGCCAGACCCAGCAUGCCGCGUCAGUCAGGUAAUGCAGAGCUGCGGCAGCGGCAACAUCAGAAUCAUCGUGGCGCCGGUCUCGCCGUCAAAUCUGACAGCAGGGUCACCAGACCACGUUGUCGGCAUGUCGCCCGGACGCAACGACAUGACGUGGGGACGGAACGCACAAAAAAAAAAGGUCAUGACGCCCCAGCGACACAAACGCGCGAAAACGGCACUUUUGGCUUCCUUCUUCAUGGCGCCUGCGCUGCUUUCGGGCACCCGCGGCCUACUGUACUGGCAGAAAUUCUAUGGGCCGUCCCAGCAACCAGACGGCUUGCGACGUGUGAGUCAUUGA